UUCUAUAUUAAUAUUAAAAGCCAUUUUGAAUUGGAUUCAUUAUUGGGGUUUGUAAAUUAACUGCUUAAUGUUCUACAUGAUGUCAUGAGGUCAUGUGACCAACUGACCAUGUGUCAGGUCACAUGACCUCAUGACAUCACAAAAAAAAGCGCCGAAUUCCGAAUUCUGUUCUGAGCAUCACCUGACGAUGUACAUAGCAACCAUCCUCAGACCACCUUUAGCUAUCGACAGAGAAACAGUGCCCCUUGUGUAGCAGAGAUUUACAGCGUUUUACAGCGACUUUACAUCAUUUAGGAGCAUUUUACAGCGUUUAGCAGCAAUUUAACACCGUUUAGCAGCAUUUUAUCAACGUUUAACAGUAUUUUACAGCGUUUAGCAGUUAUUUUACACCGUUUAGCAGCAAUUUAACAGAGUUUUAACUCUAUUAUACAAUGGCUGCACUGUUUGUUAAAGAUCUUCACCCUGAAGUAUCUGAGGUGAUACUUUCGAGUAGAUUCAGACCUGCAGGACAUGUCCAGUCUGUCCACAUUUGCAGGGACAGGAAGACCGGCUCUCCUCUCGGAUAUGCGUACGUCAACUUUCGCUAUCGAGAUGACGCUGAGAGAGCCAUCAACAUGUUCAAUUUUGAACUGCUCCUGGGGAGACCCAUGCGCGUCAUGUGGUCUCACUGGGAACCCACCGCCAAGCCCAUCAAGGGAGGAAACAUUUUCAUUAAGAACCUUGAUUGGUCCAUUGACUGCACCUCCCUCUUCGACACUUUCUCUGUGUUUGGGAGGAUCGUGUCGUGCAAGGUUGUGGAAUCAAAACGUUACGGGUACGUUCAGUACGAGUCAGCGGAGGCGGCGGCGCUGGCCAUCGAACGGCUGAACGGGAAACUCCUGAACGACCGCCAAGUCACCAUCGAGUACUUCAGGUCUUGGGAGGAGCGCAAGGUGGAGGAGCACAGGGCCGAGAAGCCCAAGCUGGAGGCACGUAAGGCCAAGGAGACCAAGGUGGAGGCACGCAGGGCCGAGGAGCCCAAGGUGGAGGCGUGCAGGGCCGAGGAGCCCAAGGUGGAGGUGCGCAAGGCCGAGGAGGCCAAGGUGGAGGUGCGCAAGGCCGAGGAGGCCAAGGUGGAGGCACGCAGGUUUGAGGAGCCCAAGGUAGAGGGGCACACGGCUGAGGAGCCCAAGGUGGAGGUGCGCAGGGCCGAGGAGCCCAAGGUGGAGGUGCGCAGGGCCGAGGAGCCCAAGGUGGAGGCACUUAAGGCUGAGGAGCCCAAGAUGGAGGCAUGCCCCAGUUCCCAACACCAGGGCAAUAUGAAAUUUAUCAAGAAGGUUGACCUCACCAGCCAUAGAAAGUUCCUGCAGAGAGUCCCACCAACACCGCACAACGUACCACCAAACCUGCGCCAACCAGUGCUGCCUCGCUGGUUCAACAGGAGCACCCCGGCUGAGACACCUUGCACAAAGGACACUCUCCAAACUGCCGAGGCAUCUACCUCAGAGGACGUUGUCAACACUGCUGCCUCACAGAAUGUCCAUCCCGCCGAGUCCCCUGCCCCAGUAGAUAACGUGGAAGCUGUUGAAACAGCUGGCCCAGAGGACUCUGAGGAAGCUGUGAAGACAGCUUCCUCAGAGGGAACUGUGGAGGCUGUGGAGACAGCUUCCUCAGUGGAAACUAUGGAAGCAGUGGAGACACCGGUCUCAGAGGGACACGUGAAAGCAGUGGAGACAACGGCCUCAGAUGACAGGGUAGAAGCUACUGAGACAGCUGCCCCAGAGGAAACUCUGGAAGCCGUGGAGACAGCUGUCUCAGAAAUCAGAGUUCUGGCUCCACUUCAGGAUGUACCUAAAUUUCCACCACCCCAGAAGAGGCUGACGAUCUACAUGCUAGAGUCAGCAGAUUUAGAUGACCAGAUCACAAUGGCCUAUGAUCACUUGCUUCCACUGGUAGCAGAAAUCCACCUGAUUGAUGCAAAACAAAUCACUUGGAUGCUUGUUCAAGGAGAAAACAAUUUCGAGAUUAUGAACAUGAUUGGUGAUCCCGAGCACUUGCAAGCCAAGGUGGAUAAAAUAGACGCCUUACUGCGGGCAAGAGAAGCAGGUGUCAAGCCGGUGAGGAUCUUUACUUAA